AUGAUAGUAACAGAGAAUGAUCCAUUUUCAUUUGCAGAGGCAGUCAAAAGUGAGAAGUGGAAAGAGGCUAUGGAAGCAGAAAUGGAAGCUAUAGAGAAGAACCAAACAUGGGAAUUGAUGGAUUUGCCUAAGGAUGCCAAGCAUAUUGGAGUUAGGUGGGUCUUUAAGACCAAACUUAAUGAAAAUGGGGAUGUCGAGAAACAUAAAGCGAGAUUGGUAGCUAAGGUUUAUGCACAACGGUAUGGAGUUGAUUACACCGAAGUAUUUGCACCAGUAGCAAGGCUCGAUACCAUUCGAACAAUACUUGCAGUAGCAGCACAGUCUGGUUGGGAGGUUUUUCAGCUUGACGUAAAAAGUGCUUUCCUUCACGGUGAACUCAAGGAGGAAGUAUUUGUUCAACAACCUUAA